AUGCGGAUGUUUACAGCCAUGCACUCAAGCGAGCUCUAUGCAGAAUAUGCGAUGGCACGGAGUGAGACCUGGGGGGAUGGAGAGAACGGAAACAGCCCAGAAAAAUGCGCUGGUUUUCUGGAAAAUGAGAUUUUUCAAGAUAUUGCACGGCUUUUUCUAACGGAGAGUGUCGCUGUUGAGGUCCUUGGAGGGCGCAGGACGGGGAAAAGUCGGUUUAUUCGGGCCCUUGUGGAUGCAAACUCCGCAUCUGAAAAGACCCUUUUGGUCGUUACAAAAGGCCUGAUUUCAGGCAUAAAAUCGCCCUGUAAAACGGCAGUUUCACUGCAGGAGCUUGUUCAGGUCCUGGAGCACCAUUUGGACGCUGCCCAUCGGGUGCGCCUGCUGUGCAUCGACACUCUGAGCACGCUUUUAGCGGGAAACACGCAGAAAGACCUGGAGGAGCACGCGUACGACCUCAUUCGGGCCCUCGCGUGCACGGGGACUCGCGUGAUAGUCGUCAGCAGCGUGAUAAACGUCGUACGGCGGAGCUCGGAGGUAUACGAAAAAACGUACAUUUUCAGGCACGCGCACUAA